UUCAGUUAAAUUUCCUGAAUAACAAGACAGUCACUGUAACUGAGAACUCCAGUAUUGAGAUGUUGUGUCAGGCUGAUGGAAGACCAACACCACGGAUGUCGUUUGUGAGCAUCAAAGACAACCGUGUGGUCAACUCGAAACCUUUAGGUAACAUACAGGUUACCGAGGUCAGACAAGAACUAAGAUAUUUAAUAAAUCAAAUUCAGUGCGAAGACUCGGGGGACUACAGGUGUGAAGUGGACAACGGCAUUGGACAUGACAAUCAAACCGUCAGACUUCUUGUCCUGUGUGCACCAAGAAGAACUAAGUCGCAGGCACAGGUUCCUUUGCUGGAUGUGGACAUUUCUAGUGGUCCCCUGACACUGGAGAUCAUGGGGUACCCAACACCUUUCGUAGCGGGCACGACAUUCCAUGCAGAGGUUUUAAAUGACAGAAGCAAAAUUGUUCCUGUUGAGAACACGUUAAAUGUCACAUGUCAUGCCAACACCAGUUCACCUGCCCUUGUCACCUGUAAAGUCACUGUCGUCAAUCUGACACAGGUUACUCAGGGUUUCUAUACAACUGUCUUCAAGAACAGCUUUGGGCAGUUGGCCUUUCCAUUCAAAAUAAAUCGCAAAGCCGGACUUCUCCCAGCACGUGUAGUGAGCGGUGUAGGCUGGGAAGGUCGCCUGGAAAUUCUGGCCAACGGAUUCUGGAGCACAGUCUGUGACGAUGACUUUGGAAAAGAAGAGGCACAGGUGGCCUGCAGGAUGCUUGGCUAUCGCAGUUUAGAAGCAGUUUUUGUUGGGUCAUCUGUGUAUGGAGCAGGCCAGGGCAGUAUCAUACUUGACGAUCUUAGGUGCAGCGGUACAGAGGCCAGUCUAACACAGUGCAUCCACUCAGGACUCUACACACACGACUGCAAUCCCAGCGAGGACAUUGGUGUCAUUUGCAGCAACGGUACCUCACAGGUGCGAUUAACGGGAAAACGGCGCACGAGCUUAAACAUGGGUCAAGCCAACCUUCUGAUAAAUGGCGAGUGGAGCAUGUUGUGUGACAUCAGCGAGACCACGGCAAAAGUUAUCUGUAGACAAGCUGGCUAUCCAUCAAUAGAAGCAAAGGUAGUUGAUGCUUCAUCAUUUGGACCUUUCCAAGGAAGAUUUCUUAACGCCGUAUUAAACUGCGUUGGUAAUGAGACAAACAUCUUUAGCUGCUUGACCUCCGUCUAUGGCUACAUAAACAGCUGUCCUACACAGCAAGGUGCUGGUGUCAUCUGCAGUAACUCAAACCAAGCACUUUAUAUUGUGGUCGCAUCAAGCUCAGCAGCCAAUAGUUAUCCCCUAAUACAAGGAACAAAUGUAAUUUUGAAGUGCGAAAGAACCAGACGUGAUCAGAUGAUAACAAACUUCACCUGGCCGGAGACUGCAGGUGGCCGUUCUUUCGGGGAAUACCUGACCUUUGACAACGUGACCAGAGAACAUAAUGGAAGACGAGUAAAGUGUGAAGGCAGCUAUCUCUCCAGUGGGGUCAGACAUUCUACAGUCAGUGAAAUCCUAGUGUUGCAGACUUAUUAUUAUCCUGUAAUCAGAGUAACAUCCAAAGAUAAUGCAUGUCAGCCAGUCCAUGACUUUCCCAACCACUGCACCGUUACUGAGGGAGACAACUUUACUCUUCAAUGUGAAGCUGACAGCAACCCUCCUCCUGCUACCAUCACGUGGUCUGGAAAAGUCAGCAGCAGUAACGGACGACUGUCAUUCGUUUCAGCCAACCGAUCACAACACGGUGGCGAAUACAUGUGUACUGUUGUCACAGAGUCUCGUACUGAUGACACACGUCUUCCUCUGAGAUCGUCGCAUCGACUCACUGUCCUCAUCAAAUACCCAUCAACUGUGCUGAGAUUUCAGUUAAAUGCCCUGAAUAACAAGACAGUCACUGUAGCUGAGAACUCCAGUAUUGAGAUGUUGUGUCAGGCUGACGGAAGACCAACACCACGGAUGUCGUUUGUGAGCAUCAAAGACAACAACCGUGUGCUCAACUCAAAGCCUUUAGGUAACAUACAGGUUACCGAGGUCAGACAAGAACUAAGGCAUGUCAUAAAUCAAAUCCAGUGUGAAAACUCGGGGGACUACAGGUGUGAAGUGAACAACGGCAUUGGACAAGACAAUCAAACCGUCAGACUUCUUGUCCUGUGUGCACCGAGAAGAACUAUGUCUCAAGAACAGGUUCCUUUGCUGGAUGUGGACAUUUCUAGUGGUCCGCUCACACUUGAAAUCCUGGGGUACCCAACACCUUUUGUAGCAGGCACGACCUUCCGUGGAGAGGUGUUAGAUGACAGAAUCAAGGGCGUUCCGGUUGAGAACACUUUAAAUGUCACGUGCCAUGCCAACAUGAGUUCACCUUCCCUUGUCACCUGUAACGUCUCUAUAGUCAAUCUGACACAGGUUACUCAGGGUUUUUAUACAACUGUCUUCAAGAACAGCUUUGGGGAGUUAGCCUAUUUAUUCAAGAUAAAUCGCAAAGAGACAGGGACCAAGGAUAAAAAAUCUUCGCUGUUAGUUGGAGCCAUCACUGGUGGAACUUGUGCUGCAGUAGUCGUAGUUCUUGUUAUAAUCAUUUUUAUUGUUGUAACUGUGCACCGCAAACUAAAAGCAGAGCAGGAAACUAUUUACGACAGCCUGAACUUAAGGCGACGUUGCGAGGAGUCGCCCUACGCUAAGCCCUCAGUAAAGAAAGGGGAGGCUAUCGAAGUGUUCACACUCGGUGAUGCAGUGAGCACUGAGACUGACGAUGAAUACGGAACCAUCACACAACUUCAAAAAUCGCCAAUGUACGAAAAUGUAGACAUUGUAAGAAAGUAAAAUACUCGAAAAAAAAGGUCAAAGAAAGAUUUUGUGUCGCCAGGGGAAAAACAUUCAGCUUUGUCAUCGAUGUCAAAGUGUGCUUUCUUGUUUGAAAGGAUAAUGUAAUCAAAGCUCAAGCAUUAAUUAAUAGACCUACCUAAGGUUAAAAUAAAGUGAAAAAAACUGUUGUGGCCCUCUGCUCCUUAACGAGUAACAAGUAAUAAACAAAAGUGGAAAAAACAAAUAUUGACAAUUCAUAUAGCCUACCAAAAGUUAUUUUAAUCCGGCGCUUCAUUUUCUGUCCCGUUAGCAAGCUUGGUGUUGUGUGACACUGAUACUAAAGUACUUAAAACAUAAUUCUCUCUCUAGCUCUAUGUAUGUAUAUAUGCAUAUCAAGCGAGAGAAAUGAGUGACAUAAUUUUAUAUCAAGAUACUUCAUUUUAAUCUGUUUUAGUCUGUGUGCCUUAAUGUUAGCAUACCACAUAAUGUGUCACUGAUGAUAAAGGGCCAGUACCAUUGAAGUGCUAUCCGUUAUCCUCCCCUGACAGGCUAAACGGGGAAGCUCCUUAUGUUUUUCUGUGGAUUCCUUUAGUUUUUCUCUGACCUUGUUUGUCUGCAGCCUUACAGAAUUGACGGAUGAGAUUGAAGUGUUUCUUGACAAACGUUCUCAUCCUGCCUCUUCCUUUCUUGUGUGUUUUUCUUUUACCGAUUACUUCUGCAGCUGUCGUGCAUACAGACAGUGCUUUGUGAACAUCUAUUUACACAAUGAAAUUGUUUAUUUCUUCUUCUUCACUUUGAUGGUUUUAUAAAGCGAUUGGACAACAAACGAUUAUAUUUGGAUCCAUAGUCUGACGUAAUGUGCUGGGGUGAUCUCCCUUUGGCAAAAUAAACUGAAGUUGACAUUUAUCUACAUCCUAUCUUCACCUGACUCUAUCUGCUUACUGCUUUCUUCCUAAGAGAAUCUGGGAAUCACCAUUACUGUUUUGCUUUUCCGAUGCAUUAUGCUAAGUUUUUCCUUUUGACCAGGAAACCCGUUAUAAAAGUGGUUUUUUUUUUACUCAACAGCUCUUAGGUAUUUGUCGUUGGUCGAGAAAGGCACAAUAUAAAUGAUGAUUAUUAUGUUUUUAUUGUUAUUAUUAUUAUCAUCAUCAUUUGAGUCAAGGGUUAAUCUUUUGUCAAAUGACUGGAAGCGUUCAUACACUAGUAAAAACAUAACAAUAAACGUUAGUACAGUU